AUGGCGCCUCCCCGUUCCUACUCCAAGACGUACAGCGUCCCCCGUCGUCCUUUCGAGUCCGCUCGUCUGGAUACUGAGCUGAAGCUCGUCGGCGAGUAUGGUCUCCGCAACAAGCGCGAGGUCUGGCGUGUCCAGUUGACUCUGUCCAAGAUCCGUCGUGCCGCUCGUUCGCUUCUUACUCUCGACGAGAAGGACCCCAAGCGCCUCUUCGAGGGUAACGCCCUCAUUCGCCGUCUCGUACGUGUCGGUGUCCUUGACGAGUCCCGCAUGAAGCUCGAUUACGUCUUGGCCCUUAAGAUUGAGGACUUCUUGGAGCGCCGUCUCCAGACCUGCGUCUACAAGCUCGGUCUUGCCAAGUCCAUCCACCACGCUCGUGUCCUGAUCCGCCAGCGCCACAUCCGUGUCGGCAAGCAGAUCGUCAACGUUCCCUCCUUCAUGGUCCGCCUCGACUCCCAGAAGCACAUCGACUUCGCUCUGACCUCGCCAUUCGGUGGCGGCCGUCCUGGCCGUGUCAGGAGGAAGAAGGCCAAGGCCGCCGAGAAGGGCGGUGACGAGGAUGCUGGCGAGGAGGACGAGGAGUAG